UAAGUCAGAAGACCUCAACUUGAAAGAGUGUGGGUGUGAGAGAAAGAGCAAGAAACGCCGUCGUUUUUAUUGUCUUCCGAAAAUGCGAUCCUCUAGUACCCGUAGCUUCAUUGUCUUCACUGUCUUGCUCAUAGCGAUUCUGCCCCAUGUUCGGGGACACGCAACAAGUGAACUUCACUUCAAAUCAAUUUCGCCGUUUUCAUCGGCUCUCGAAACCCUCCAGAAACAACUAGGGUACACCUUCAAGAGCAUUAGUCUUCUUCGUCGUGCCAUGACUCAUGCUUCCUUCUCGGAGGAGAACAACAAAGCUUUCAGCAUUUUGGGUGCCAGUGUCAUUGAAACAUCGGUGUCUUUUCAGUUGCUUUCGAAAGACGUUGACGUUUCUGCAAAAGAACUUAACACUCGAUUAUCUCAAAUCUCCAACGUGGACUCUUCCUGUGCUGUCGAUGGAAUGCGAUUGGGCUUGCACAAGGUGGUUCGAGUUUCGCCAAAGACCAAUUCUUCUGCGCCUGCUGUGGUUUGCGGUGCUUUUCGAGCAAUCUUUGGUGCUAUUGCUAUUGAUACUGGCAAAUCUGAUGCUGCUGGUAACAUUUUCUGGACCCUUCAUGGUGGUGACAUUGGGGCUGCUUUAGCCCUCUGACUUGUGAGUUCAACUUUCAUUAAGUCUUCUGUUUGCGUUUGGUGCUGAAAACACUUCUUAAUGACUUAUGUUUAAGUUGUUUAUCGUUUCUUUAGUUUAUCUAAUUACUGUAAUUAAUAGUACUAGACCACUAGUUGUGUGAAGCAGUGAAUGGCAACCUCUGAUCCUAUAGUUGCUUGUGUAUUAAUUGAAUGAAGAUAUAUAACUUCUGUUUGUUUUAACAUUUUUUGUUAUGUUAAUAUAGAUA